CACAGUUACUGCUGGUAAGAGCAUCGAUGCGACCGGUAUUCGCGCUCUUCUGUUGACAGCACGCACUAACUGGCUUUUAAAGUUAGACGUAAGACCAGUAAUCUAGUAUAUUUUACCAAUAAAAGAGAUACACUAACGUUUCACGAUUCACGAUUCAGUCAAGUGAAAUUCUUUAGCAUCGUGAACACUAAACGCUCUUGCAGAAACGAGUAUGGACAGUUAGAGACUGUGUGGGGAAAAGAUGCUAAACAUCAAGAAGUUGUGGAUAUAAACGGUCAGAAGAACAGAGCUUAUUCCUAAUAUCCUAUGGCUUGAAGUUUCAGGCUUCUUUCCUGGCACAUGGAAUUCCUCACAGAGUAUCCCUACAAUGACACUUAUUAUGACAAUGGGACCGGGUCCCUCAACAGCACAAGCUGUGAGGCCAAGCAUCAGUAUAACUACUAUGCCCUGCUCCUGACUCUCCUCAUCUUUGUCAUUGUCUUCGGCAAUGUGUUGGUGUGUAUGGCAGUCUCUCGAGAGAAAGCGCUGCAGACCACCACUAAUUACCUCAUUGUCAGCCUGGCGGUGGCAGAUCUUCUCGUGGCCACAUUAGUUAUGCCCUGGGUGGUGUACCUUGAGGUGGUGGGGGAGUGGCGUUUCAGUAAAAUCCAUUGUGAUGUGUUCGUCACCCUUGACGUCAUGAUGUGUACAGCCAGCAUUCUUAAUCUGUGUGCCAUUAGUAUUGACAGGUACACAGCUGUUGCUAUGCCGAUGUUGUACAACACACGCUACAGCUCCAAGAGACGAGUCACGGUAAUGAUCUCGGUGGUUUGGGUGCUUUCAUUCGCUAUUUCCUGCCCUUUGUUGUUUGGAUUAAAUAACACAGCUACACGGGAUGAUACCAUGUGUGAAAUUGCCAACCCCGCUUUUGUUGUCUACUCCUCCAUCAUGUCAUUCUACGUGCCCUUCAUCAUCACCCUUCUUGUGUACGUGCAGAUCUAUGUGGUUCUUCGUAAGCGUCGAAAACGGGUCAACACUAAACGGAGCUGCCAGAAGACAGACGCUGAUGCUAAGCCCCCUCUCAAGGAAAAGUGCACACAUCCUGAAGAUGUGAAACUGUGCACAGUUAUCAUUAAGACCAAUGGAGGUUUACCUGCCAAAAACAAGAAAGCACAAUUAAUAAAGGAAGUCCUGCACCAGGGUGCUGAUGUGAGGGUGGACGUUACGCCAGGCACAAGCUCUCCAGAGAAAAAGAAAUUGGAAUCCACUCUGGUCGUCGACCUGCUGGCCAACCCAAGCCCCAUCCAUGGCCCGCUUUCCCACAAUGAAUGUCAGUCAAAUGGAGAUGAUAAAAAUGGGCAUGCCAAGGAGGUCCAGACCCCUAAAGAAGCCAAACUUGUUGAAACACAGGCACUGCACAAUGGCAAAACCCAAACUACAUUGACCAAAACCAUGAGCAAGAGAAAGAUGUACCAGCAUAAAGAAAAGAAGGCUACACAAAUGCUGGCUAUUGUUCUAGGUGUUUUCAUUAUUUGCUGGCUGCCCUUUUUUAUUACUCACAUUUUGAAAACUCACUGCACAAGCUGCGUGGUGCCACUGGAAAUGUACAAUGCCUUCACUUGGCUGGGAUAUGUGAAUAGUGCCGUCAACCCCAUCAUAUAUACCACUUUCAAUGUGGAGUUCAGAAAGGCUUUCAUAAAGAUAUUGCACUGCUGAGGACAUUAUUCACUGCAUGCAUAUAGGAGGAAAGAUGGAGGAUUUCACAAGAGGUUAGUGCCAUCUUUCACCGCUAUGGGAAAUGAGGGAUUUACAAAGCCAUGCUUUUAGGGCAGAACGGAUGAAUUCAUUUGAGAAAAUGGAAGUUCAAAUUAAUGUAAAGUACAGUUUUUAUGUGUGUCUCCAUGAUUUCUGGCAGUGGAGUGCAUGUGCGAACGGGUGUUUAUUCUCUUUGGAACUACAGUGUGAAUGUAAUUAAUUGUAGAAUUGAAGCAAAUUUGAGAUGGUGAGUAAUUGGAUCUCACCACAUAGACUUUAUGCAACCAGGGACCUGAAUGUCAUAAUUACAUCAUUAUGUUAAGCUAGUGAGGAGCAUCUGGUAACAAUCUAUUUAUUUGUUUGAUAAUCUGUUAAUAAAGAGAUAUCAACUGUAAAGACAAAUAAAUAAGGUGAACAUGCCAUUUACGGUUUUAUAAAGCCAUACUAAAGGUGCACUCAGUAAUGUUUUGUUUAUGUUGCACUUUUUAACAUAUAUUGACACCCAGGAACUGGAUCGCAGAAUAAUACAAUUUAAAAGAACAGUUAAUCCAAAAGAAAACAUUCACUGAAAAUGAUUUUACCCUCAGGCUAUCGGAGAUGUAUUUGAAUUUGUUCCUAUAUUGGAACAGACUUGGAGAAGUUUAUUAGCAUUACAUCACUAGCUCAUCAAUGGAUCCUUUGCAGUGAAUGGGUGCCAUCGGUAUGAGAGUAUAAACAGCUUACAAAAACUUUAUGAUAAUCCAAAGCAGGACUCCAGUCCAUCAAUUAAUGUCUUGUUCAAUUCAAGUUUAUUUGUAUAGAGCUUUUUCGAAACAAAUUGUUGUAAAGCAACUUUACAGAAAACUAUUUUUACAAUAUUUAGUAGCUUUGUAGUAAUUUCUACAUAUGGCAGAAAUGUAUGGAAAAAAAAAAUCAAUUAAAGACGUUAUCAAACAGACAAUGGAUUCUAUUAACAGCAAUUAUUAUAUCAAGUAAUCAAACUUAUAGAAAAAAAUCUUGUGAGGUGUAAAGUUAUUUUAAAUUUAAACUGCCGCUUCUGGCCAAAAUACAAUAAUCUAUAAUAAUGCUUUGUUCAGUUAAAAAGUCUAUCCCCUGUUGUCCUCACACAUCAAAAUUUUACUGUUCUUCCUUCAUGUUUAAACUUUCUGAAGUUUGACAGCAAGUUUAACUCUGUCCAUUAUAAAGCUGAGAAGUGCAAGUUUCAGGUUCAACAUUUAUUCCAGCUUGGAUGAAAUCUACCAAGGACCAAAGUGAAACUAAAGGAAAAAUAACUAUCUCCAAUUAGUCUCAUAACCAAAAUAUUUCAAACAACAUAAAUUACAAGACACGUGUUACAAGAAUGCUGUCAAUUCUACACACAUUUGCAUAUCAAACUAGAUUUCUAUACAUAUCCAAGAACAUUUAAAAUCUACACCGAAAAAGCUCCAGACAACAUGGCAUGUAUAGGAAUGACAACAUCUUUUCUAUUUUACACAUUGAUAGCUAUAUAUAUAUAUAUAUAUAGAGAGAGAGAGAGCCCAAAACAAAUAAAAGAAACAUACAGCUAUUACUCUUCACAAACUGUUCAAAGUGAGGAUUAAAAGAAGAUUACUCAAAAAAUCACCCCAUCUAAUAUACAUCAGCCAUGCCCGCAGCUGCUUACUUCCUGAUUUAUACAGCAUCUGCAGUUUCUUAAAGAAUCCAUUAGAUGAAAGUUCAACAACAAAAUGAUCUACAGUACUAUUAAAUGGGAACAGAACACUCCCUACCUUAUGUCAUUAGACAUCACUGUAAAUAUUUACAUUUAUUCCUAAUGACCUGUGAGAUUGGUAUGUACAACCUUUUGGUUGUACCUUAAGAGGUUGUCAGGGCUCAUAUGAUGUCGUAAAAAAAAAACAAAAAAAAAAACAUUAUUUUGUGUAUUUGGUGUGAUGCAAUUUGUUUAUGCGGUAAAAAAAAAAAAAAAAUUACAUUAUUGUUUCUCCUCUAUGACCCACCUAUCUGAAACAUGUCGAUUUUUACAAAGCUCAUCGUUCUGAAAAGCGAGGUGUAUGCUGAUUGGCCAGCAAUCCAGUGCAUUGUGAUUGGCUGAAUACCUUGAAGCAUUUGACAGAAAUGUUAUGCUCCUUACCAUAUUGUGAUGCCGUGUCCCGGCGUGAUGAGAUAAACAAAAAGACCCAUUAUAAACAAGGCAUUUGUUGCAUCCAGUGGGGACAUGAUUACUGAUUAUAAUGACUUAUAAUGUCUUCUAUUGGUGAUCAUGGCCAUAGGCCAAUCAUUGCAAAAAAAAAAGUAUACUGUCUUUCAAGAGAACUAUACCUCCAGCCUGAAGAUUAGCGCAUAAGUCAGUCCAUGUUCACCUUUUUGUCAAGACGAGAAGGUAUUCUUAUUUCCAGUGGGCCCAAAACUGAUUUUCAAGGGCCUGAACUUCAUUGUCUUUCUCUGAGAAAUCACAUGUUGGAACUAUAAGGGGAAAUCCAGCCUUUUGGGUGAGCACAAUGUUGGGGGUUAGUAACAGUGGGAUUUCUGGAUCAGAAGACACUGGAACUAGUGGUCUGACAUUGAUUACUGUGGACACUUCAGCCAUCAAAGUACACAGAACUUUGUGCGCAAGUUAGAUUGAUUUGUUUUGCAGCAACAUACCGUCAAUGAUUCUGUGUCAUCAUUCUUUCCCAUGUGCGAUGCAUGAGAGGGAUUCAAUUGCCAAGAACAGCCUUGAUCACUUAGAUACUUCUAGACUAUAUGGUCUGUCAAGAAGAGUUCUUUGCAUGCUCUGAAGAAUGUUUGGCUGGUCACCUUAUAGCAAAGAAGCAAUGUAGUGAAUUGAUGCAGCUGGAUGUAUCCAUGCUCAAUCACUGCAUGUGAAAAGUUUUGCCCAACAUUUACUGUUUGCAGAGCCUCCUCUUGUGAAUUUAAUCAAAAUGGUCCAUGGGCCAUUGUCACAAACCCUUGGUCGUGAUCCUGGCUCCGGCUGAUUUGAGAUUGCUGGUGGGCGUGUUCUCCAGUGAUCCUGUCUUCUCACCUGCAGUUCAUCACGUCAGUCAAGCACACCUGUUCCAUUUGAAGCAAUCUACUCUCUUAUAAAAGCAAGACCAACUUUCCAGUCCCCGCCAGAUUGUUGUACCAUUCAGUACGAGUACAUGUCAGCCGACCAAUAUUUUGAGUUAUUUGUAUUUUGUCGUUUUGUAUUUUGUUUGGGAAAUUGAGAGCGAACUAAGUUUUUUCUAUUUUUUGAUCGCAGUGUUCCAGCCUGAACCUUGGAAUCAAAUCUCUCACCAGAACCUCAGGACACAGAUUACUGGAACUGGAUCACCAACCGUCAGUUCUGCGAGAACAUACCCUGCUCAGCAUACAUCUGUUUAAAACUUAGGGUUUAAUAAAUUUACCUUUAAUUGAACUGACACUCUGGUCUACAUUUGAGCUCUGGUUCCCGGUCCUGACAGAACGAUCUGGCCACUAUGGACUCAGCAGACCUAGAGCAAGUUCGCCACGCAGUAUCCACUCAAGGAGCAAUCCUGGAUUAGCACAGUACUGCGCUUAGGGAAAUUAUGGGAGGACUUCAGGACUUGUCUCUCCGUGUGGGAACCCUUCAGGAGUCCCUGCAUAAUCCUCCUCCAGCCCCUGAACUGGCUGAAUCAGUCACAGCUAACCCUGCCAGGGAACCUUGGGUUUCACCACCGGAAAGGUACAGUGGGAACCUAGGUCAGUGUAAGACAUUUCUCAUGCAAUGUGGUCUAGUUUUUGCCCUCCAACCCCUCACCUAUGCCACAGAGAGAUCCAAGAUUGCCUACCUCAUUGGGUUGCUGCGAGGAGCGGCCUUGGAGUGGGCUUCAGUUCACUGGAAGAGACAGGACCAGUUUACCACCACCUAUGUUGCACGUCCACGAACCCAAUUACAUGCCACUAUCUUCUGGAGGAACCAGAGUCUGGAGCUCAAGGCCCUCAUUGACCCUCAUUUUUUUUUGGACACCACGUUAGUAAAUCAGCUGGGAUUAACCAUGGAGCAGCUUAAGGAACCACUGGAGGCUAGAACACUUGACGGGAGGCUGCUUGCUCGAGUAACAACCCGAACCUUCCCUGUCCAGCUCCAGUUGUCAGGUAAUCAUUUUGAAGAAAUCUCCUUUUUUGUUAUUGACUCACCAUUUAUGCCGUUAGUUUUGGGGCACUCCUGGUUAACCAGACAUAAUCCUCAUAUUGACUGGAUAUCUGCUAAGGUUCAUAACUGGACCUCUGCCUGUCUUGCUAGUGGUUUGCGGUCUGCUCUGCCUUCUUCUGUAACCCGCCAGAAACCCGAACCAGACCGGCCAGACCUGUCAUUAAUCCCCACUGAGUACUACGAGAUAUCGGAGGUGUUCUGUAAACAACAGGCUCACUCACUUCCCCCGCACCGACCCUAUGACCGCGCCAUUGACCUGUUGCCUGGAUCUACGUUUCCUCGGAGCCGUCUGUAUGACAUCUCCAGACCAGAGCGGGUGGCAAUGGAGGAGUACAUUAACAAUUCCCUGGCAGCUGGGAUUAUCCCUUUGUCAUCACCUCUUGGAGCCGGGGUUUUUUUGUGGGUAAGAAAGAUGGGACCCUCCGCCCGUUUUUCGACUUCAGAGGUCUGAUUCCCCGCCGGAUCGUUGUACCAUUCAGUAAGAGUACACGUCAGCCGACCAAUAUUUUGAGUUAUCUGUAUUUUGUCAUUUGUUUGGGAAAUUGAGAGCUAACUAUUUUUAAGCUAUUUUUUGAUCGCAGUGUUCCAGCUUGAACCUUGGAAUCAAAUCUCUCACCAGAACCUCAGGACACAGAUUACUGAAACUGGAUCACCAACUGUCAGUUCUGCGAGAACAUACCCUGCUCCGCAUACAUCUCUGUUUAAAACUUGGUUUAAUAAAUUUACCUUUUAAUUGAACUGAUACUCUGGUCUGCAUUUGAGUUCUGGUUCCCGGUCCUGACAGCCGUAUACAUCCAAACCCCAAGCAGUGCAAUUGAUCUCAGUAGUGCUUUGCAGUUCUGCAGUAAGAUGCCUUUCUUCCGUGGAUUUGCAAAGCUUUUGUCAUGGCACUGGAUUUCUUCAUCCAGUUCUGGCGUUACUGACUCUGAUAUCUUUUGCAUCUCUUGUUGAGUUGAGAGGGGUCUGUGCAGAAAGUCUAGACCAGUAAACCAUUGCAUGUCAGCAAGCUGAGAUGUAGACCCUGACCUGGUGGCAAUAUAAGCUGGGUUUUGGUUUGUUGGUACGAAGUUCUGUAACUGUACUUUGAAGGAUUCGCAGCACUCUGUGCAUACACAAAGUAACGUCUGGUCUCAUUGAAUAUGUAGCCCAGAACUACCUUACUGUCGCAGAAAAAAUUUAACUGCAUCUGGUUUGAAAUCAAUUUCUUAGAGUAUUGUUUCUGCCAUUUCUACAGCCAAUACUGCUGUGCACAAUUCCAAGUGUGGGGCCCAGUUUAGCCUUGCCAAAAACAAAUCCUACAUGACUUGGUCCCUCUUCAGUGAUAACAAGAAGAUAGGCCACCACAGAUAUAGCCAUGUUGGAUGCAUUGGAGCAGAGUAGAUAACCCCUAAGAUUUCUGAGCCAAGAAUAUUUUAAAUGGAGCUUCCAAAAGAAAAAAUGUCCUAAUAAUAUAUUUUUUUUUACAUUUGAUACAAUCACACCAGUGUGAUUAGAUCGUUCAUUGUGGCACAGCAUCAGCUGCUAAAUUCAAAUCAGCAUUCACACUUUGGCUUUCACUGAGCCAGAAACAAACACAUUUGUACAGUGCUGCAUCUUCAAUCACACAUGAUUCUGUUGAGCUUAUUAAUGCAAAGGCCAGUCAGAGACAUUCAGAUGGGACAUCGCUGAAAUGCUGUGUUUUGUUCACUUGCUCGCUGACUGUGCAGAUGUGCAUAGGAGUGUAAGAUAUUAAUUUCACAUUGUAAACAGCUUCAGUGAUUUAAAUGGGAGUUUUUGAGAGUGCUUGAACUGAACUGAAAAUGUUCUUUGAUAAUGUAAAUGUUCUUUGCUCCCUGUAAAAUGAAAAUGUCAGGCCUAUAAUAUAGUAACUAGGGCUGUGUGAUUAAUCAAAAUUGAAUCGAAAUCGUGAUUAGAGACGUUGCAAUUUGCUAAUCGCAAAAGCCUGCAUGUGGAUGCGAUAUUACUCUGGUGCAGAGCAUAUGCAUGCUUGUCAGUCUUGAGUCAUAGUCUUACUUACCAAUAAAGUGAGGGCACCUCCAUUCUCACCAAUGAGCUCUGCUCUAGCCAGGGCUGGACUGGUAAUCUGGCACACUGGGCAAAUGCCCGGUGGGCCAACGGUGGGCAAAAUUUUUUUUUUUAUUGGCCAACGACUGGCCCAUAAAGCAGGGACAGCGGCCCAUUUGUUCAUUUUUCAUACUGACACUGGGCUGGCCCAGACAUCUCUUUUAACAGGCUCCAACCCUCCCCCUCUUGUGUCAGAUGCAGUCAGUGGCUCACAGCCAGAAACAAAAGCACAAGGUGGGUGCAGAGAAGUUGUGGGCCAAAAAAAAAAAAAAAUCAUAACUAUUCUAAUAUUAACCCUUUAAAACCCAUAACGGCUGUUCGGUCCUUCUCUAGAAAAACUUAAAUGAUGCCAUUUGAUUAAUUUAAUUAUUACUCCAAAUGUUUAUGUAAUGGCGCCCACGACGAGUCACACGUUGGAAAAGAGGUAAUGCAUAAUAUUUUGCAUUUUGAAAGCAAUAUAUUUUUGUUUAGCUGUAUAUUCAAUGAAGAAGAUAUUUUCUCAUGUUUCUAAUUAUUUUCCAAUAUCAUUAAUAUGCAAUAUUAAUGUUGAGUCAAUAAUAUGAAUAUCAUAUAUAUUAUUAGGAUGUUUUGUGUGAAUAAUUUGGUAGUAUAAUUUGUUUUCUUUUUUUAUGGGAAGUAUCUCAACAAUGAGAGGUAAAUGUUGUUUGGUGUCAUAUUAAAGAGGGUUUUGUGCUCUUUAAAACAAAGUAAGCCUAAACUUGCCAUUGUAAACUAGUUUUUUUCUGCUGUCUGGUUCAUUGACAAAGAAAAAACAUUUAUUUUUAAAAUUAGCAGUAUUCUACAUCCACAUUCUAUUGUGUUCUAAAUGAUUAACUAGCCUUUUUAACAUGGAGCACAUUGUCCAUCUAGAAAUCCUGCUCUUCAAGAAUACAGGACUAUAUAAACAAAAUGGAUCCUUACUAAGUGUACUUUUAAUAACUCUUCCAAAUGAUUGUAAUCAUCUCUCUCUUUGUCCUUAUGUAUAGUCAAGCCAGGUUGAGUUAGCAAUGGAGGAGAGCACCUUUGAUCACCAGGGAGUCAGUCAAGAGAGAGAGAGGCACCUCUGAGAGGGAGAAAAAGAAACUGGCCAGAAGAGACUUGCGUCUGCCAGAGAAUCAAAAAACAUUUGUUCUUAAUUUAUAUGCUGCUUUGUACUAUUUUAAAUUUUGAUCUGUUUUAAUUGUACAGGGCAACGCUGCAAUCGUUUUGAGAAAACAAACAUAAAAAAUAUAGUGCUGUAAUAAGAAACUGUCCUGAGACUUUAUGUAGGCCUAAUCAUUCUUAGUUUCAUUAUUGAGUUUUAAGGAUGUGACAUUCACAGUCAAAACCUGAAAUAUAAAUUCUCACAGAAUUUAUUAAUUACCAAUAUACUGAACCAUCUCUUUGUUUUUACAAAUCGGACAACAAGUCCUGUGUUUUGGGAGACAAUAUAUUUUGUAGACUUUGUGUGAUUUACAAUGGUCAAACCAAAAGCAACGAUACCUGCAGAAUGGAGAAGGGUUGACCAUUCAAAAACAAUAAAAUAUCAAUUUUAUUUAAAUUUUUAUUUUUGUGUUUCAGAGGAAAAAGCAAGGUUAAGGAUGUGACAUCUUUUCGUUAGAGACCGUUCUGAAAGCAUAAUGUAUGCAAACCCGUAUAAAUGCUUUAAAAAUUUUAACAGACUAGCCUAUUCAAGUCAAGUCAAGUCUGCUUUACUGUCAAUUCUUCCACAUAUAUAGUACAUACAUACAGAGAACUGAAAUUGCAUUACUCUCAGACCCCCAGUGCAUACAAAUAACAUUAACAGUAGAGGGGAGGGGGAAAGUUCGGGAGGGUGUUCAGCUUCCUGACAGCCUGAUGGAUGAAGCUGUCCUUCAGUCUGCUGGUCCUGGCCUGGAGACUCCGCAGUCUCCUCCCUGGCAGCAUGCUGAAGAAGCUGUGAGACGGGUGGGUGGGAUCACCUGCAAUGCAGAGGGCUUUGCGAGUGAGACGGGUGUGCUGGAGGGAGGGGAGAGAGACCCCAAUGAUCUUUUCAACUGUUCUCACUAUGCAUUGCAGAGUCUUUAGGCAGGAUGCGUUGCAGGCGCCAUACAACACAUUGAUGCAGCUCAUCAGGAUGCUCUCGAUGGUGCCUCUGUAGAAGGUGUACAUGAUAGGAGGUGGGGCUCUGGCUCUCCUCAGUUUGCGGAGGAAGUAGAGACGCUGUUGUGAUUUCUUGGCCUGUGCUGCAGUGUUUUCAGCCCAGGAGAGGUCCUCUGUGAUGUGCACACCCAGGAACUUGGUGCUGCUCACUCUCUCCACGGUCACAUCGUUGAUGGUCAGAGGAACGUGCAGAGUGUGGGCUCUCCUGAAGUCAACGACAAUCUCCUUCGUCUUCUCCAUGUUCAGAGAGAGAUUGUUGUCACUGCACCACUCGGCCAGAUGGCUCACCUCACUCCUGUUGUUUGUCUCAUCUUUGUUGCUAAUGAGACCCACCACAGUCGUGUCAUCCGCAAACUUAAUGAAGAGGUUGGAGUUGUGUGACAGUGUGCAGUCAUGAGUCAGCAGAGUGAAGAGGAGGGGGCUCAGCACACAUCCUUUUGGGGGGCCCCAGUGUUCAGUAUGUCGGUGCUGGAUGUGUUGCUGGCGACCCAUACUGCCUGAGGUCUACCAGUUAGAAAGUCCAACAGCCAGUUGCACAGUGAAGUGUUGGGGGGGAGGGCAGACUUGUGGUGCAUGACUAGCCGUUCAAAGCACUAAAUGAGGAUGGGAGUUAGUGCAACAGGACGGUAGUCAUUGAAGCAGGAUGGAGAUGGCUUCUUCGGAACUGGAAUGAUGGUGGUAGAUUUGAAACAUGUGGGAACAACAGCCUGACUCAGUGAGAUGUUGAAAACGUCUGUGAAGACAUCAGUGAGUUCUGCUGCACAGUCUCUCAGAACACGCCCAGGGAUGUUGUAAGGACCCGGAACUUUGCAUGCAUUGAUCCUGCUGAAGGAUCUCCUAUUGGAUGCGCCUUUAAAGAGAAAAGCAACCUUCAUUCCAAUUAUAUAAUCAGGGAGUAUUUGCUUUCAUUUUCAAUUGGUCCCUUUAAAAGUACAAAAUGUUCUCAUGUAGGCUAUGUGAGGUACCCUAGUUUUUCAUUAUUUUCGUUAUUAAAUUCAAGUGAUCACGUGGGCAUUUCCCUGUCAUGCAUGCACAUGAAUACUUUUCCGCACAAACACUUAAAUAUGAAUAGUAAUAGAGCACAUUUAUUUUAGGUUAACGCUACAGUAUGGCAUCCGCUUUGAAAUAAAGCUUUACAAGUCUACAUCUGAGACAGGUUCAGUUAUAACCUGUAAACUGAAGGCUAUUAGACAUAAAAUGAUCUGCCGCACCUAUUCGUUGAUCAUUAGUGUUCUUGUCGUAAACAUGUUUUAAUCACUCUCUUUUUUUUCUUUUUUUUAUAAAUCACUUAUGCAUUAAAUAAUAAAGAUACAAAGCAAGUUUAGUUAAAUUGUACAAAUAAUUAUAAAAUGCUAUAGACUGUGAAGAUUGCAGUUUCACAUUUUGCAUAUGCAUAAGAAUAAAAAGAGUAUUUGUAAUGAAGAAAAAAUAAAAAUAAGAAGUAAUUAUGUAACCCCUCAGCACAUCUCUUAAAGGGAUAGUUCACCCAAAAAUAUAAAUUAUGUCAUUAAUAUCUUACCCGUUAUGUGAACGAGUCAGUCUUUUGUUCGUUAUCUGGCUCGGCUCUGUGUUCAUCUUCAGUUCUCUCUUCACAGCAGUUCAGUCAGUGUACUGUUUGAGUAAAUGAAUUACUCCGGGAUAUUGGUUUGUUUGAACUGCAGAGGGAGUGUCAGCCACAUUAAAAAAGUUAACAGCUUAUGUAAUUUGUGGAUUAAUGCGUAUUGGAGAUGCGAACCGUUUAAAACGAUUCAAUCUAUUUGGUGAACUGGUUCAAAAAGAUCCAGUUACAUCAAAUGAUUCGUCUGCGAACUGGAUAUCACAAACUAAUUUGUUUGGAACUCUCUCACAACAGACACGGAAGAGAAGACAAUGCUUAAUAAAGUUGUAGUUUUUGCUAUUUUUGGACCAAAAUGUAUUUUCAAUGCUUAAAAAAAUUCUAACUGACCCUCUGAUGUCACAUGGACUACUUUGAUGAUGUUUUUCUUACCUUUCUGGACAUGGACAGUAUACUGUGCACAUAGUUUCAAUGAAGGGACUGAGAGCUCCCGGACUAAAUCUAAAAUGUCUUAAACUGUGUUCUGAAGAUAAACGGAGGUCUCACAGGCUUGGAACAACACGAGGGUAAGUUAUUAAUGACAUAAUUUAGAUUUUUGGGUGAACUAUACCUUUAAGCAUUGCACUCAGCAGCAUACAUGCUGAACAACCAAAUCUUGCACUCUCUGAGUAGAUAGCAACACAGGUUAUGUGAAACACAUCUAAAAUAUGGUAUAAUACUUAGCUUAAACGUAAAUAUAAGCACAGGCUCAUAGACUAGAUAUUUGCUUCAAUUUGUUCUAAAUGAGAAAUGCACAUAAUUUCUCAAGUACUAAAUGUGUAUCUGUGAAAAUUUUAUCUAGUUCUACAUGGUUUUUCUUCCAUUUUCCGCUAACUGGAGCCAUCAAAUGCAAAACCGCCAAGGCAAAGCUGACAACUAUUAGUGAAAAUGCACUUUAAAGUUCUUGCUUGAUAACUUGUGGUUAAAGUGCAAUUUUGCGGUCAAAAAGUGCAAAUGUAUUUUGCAGAUACGACAGCGGUCGCAGUGGUAAACCUACUGUAAAUCAUUUAUCAAUUAUCACUUUAUUUAUAAAGAAAUAUAAAAAUAAAUAAAUAAAUGUAUAAAAAAAUAUAUAACUGAGUGCACCUUUAAUAGAAUUUAAUAGAAUUUAGUGCCUUUGACUUACUGACUACGAAGGACAAUGUAAAUACGAUUUAAAUAAUAAAUUUUAUUGAAGCCCAUGACAAAAAUUAUGCAUGUUACAUUGGUACUUCACAUAACAUUGCAGCCAAUGUAUGUAUAUAUUUUUUGUGUACAUGACCUGUACACAAACUUAUCUGAGCUAUGAAGUUUUGUCUAUGUUUUUUUGUCUAGUAUGUUCACUGACGUAGGGGUUUCAUUUUAAAUGUAACAGUUCAUUUUUGGGGUAGGAAAAAUUCCCAUUAAUAAAAGCAAUGUUACAUUUUAAACUUGGCCAUAAAUAUCCACUUUUUCUCAGUGAUCAUUUGAGAAGCAGUCAGCAAAAAGAAAACUAUAUUGUUCAAAAAAUAGCCAUUGACGUAAAUCAUGUUAAUGCUGAAGUGUGUAUUUUUCCAGUUUUAAAAUGCUUUAUCUUAUCACAGCUUAUGCAAACUAUAAGUAAAUUAUAUUUUAAAAAAAAGAAAAAACAAUUAUGCCAGGCACACAGCAUUUCCAACACAAGAAUCGAGUAUGUUGUUUUACAACUUUUUUUAAAGAAUGGCCAGUUUCUGAGCAGAAAUUAAUACUUUUAUAAUUUACUCAUGCAAAUAUAAUGGAAUGUAAAUGCUGUACAGUUAUCACAUUAACUCCUGCUAUGUGUGUUUUUCAACAUGGUCCAGUCCUUGUUCAUCAAGUCCUAGCAACUUCGACUUUGAAAGAAAAAGAAAAGAAAAAAGAAAAACAUGCAGUGGGCACCUUUUACAUAAGUAAAAGUUUAUGAUAUGUCAGAUAUUUUGUAAUAACUAUGUAAAUAUUGAAUGAAUAAAAAUACAUGUCAUGCAUUGUGAA